GCUGCUUCGCCCUAGUCAUGGUCCUCGUCCCGCGGCCUUCCUCGACAGUCGCAGCCGCCGCUGCCGAGUGAGCACCGCUCCUCCACUCGCUCGCCAGCGCCAUGACUGUCGUUUCGGUCCCGCAGCGGGAGCCGCUGGUUGUGGGUGGCCGCAUCGCGGCGCUAGGCUUCUCCGCCCGCGGCUGUCUUGGGACCCUCCCCGUGGUGGCCCCGGCUCAGCCACCUCUGCCGCGGGUUCCGGAUCCCCGCGCGCUGCCCUCGACCCUCUUCCUCCCGCACUUCCUCGGGGGAGACGGCCCCUGCCUGAAGCCCCACCAGCCUCGCACCGCGGCCGCUCUGCCCCCCGGCGGCCUGUCCGCGGCGGCAGGCACCCCGCGAGCGGCGCCCAAGAAACGGCGUAAGAAGAAGGUGCGGGCCAGCCCGGCGGGCCAGCUGCCCAGCCGCUUCCACCAGUACCAACAGCACCGGCCGAGCCUGGAGGGCGGCUGGAGCGCGGCCUCGGGCCGGGCCGGUGCGCCCGAGGCCUCGGGCCAGGCCCACGCUUCAGCCCCGACCCACGCCACCCCACCAGAGACGACGAGCCCCGGGCCCGCGGCGCCAGGUCACCCCGUGCUGCGAAAAGAGGUUUUUAAAUCAAAGAUGGGAAAAUCAGAGAAAAUUGCCCUUCCCCACACCCAGCUUGUGCAUGGGAUACACUUGUGCGAACAACCAAAGAUAAGCAGACAGAAAAGCAAAUACAACCUGCCACUUACCAAGAUCUUCCCUGCAAGAAGGAAUGAAAACUACUUUUGGCAGGAUUCUGUUUCGUCUGAUAGAAUUCAGAAGCAGGAAAAAAAGCCUUUUAAAAAUACUGAGAACAUCAAAAAUAUUCAUUUGAAGAAAUCUGCAUUUCUAACUGAAGUGAGCCAAAAGGAAAAUUAUGCUGGGGCAAAGUUUAGUGAUCCACCUUCUCCUAGUGUCCUUCCAAAGCCUCCUAGUCACUGGAUGGGAAGCACUGUUGAAAAUUCUAACCAAAAUAAGGAGCUCAUGGCAGUACACUUGAAAACUCUCCUCAAAGUUCAAACUUAGUUUCAGAUCAUUGUGUAUGUAAAACAUCAUUUAUCCCAAAACCUUGAACCUUGAAAGAAAAUUCAUACAGAAAUGGAAAAUUGCCUUGUUGCAGCAUACAAGUGUAAAAAAUGAGUUACAUACAAACAGCUUGUAUUAUAUUUUGUAUUUUGUAAAUACUGUAUACCAUGUAUUAUGUGUAUAUUGUUCAUACUUGAGAGGUACAUUAUAGUUUUGUUAUGAAAGUAUGUAUUAACCCUGCCAACAUGGUGGGUGUUUUGUAUAUAUAGAGUAGAGCAAUUUUAAGUGUGCUAUGGCACAUGAAAGGCUUUGCACAGGUACUUAAAAUUUUUUUUCCAAGAAAAACCUGUCAAACCUGAACAUGCAGAUGUAAAUGUGACCAGCUAACUGAUGCAUUGCUGAGGUUGAACUGGCACAGUCUUAAACACGGGUUUGUCUGUGUUUCAAUCUGCCAUAAUCCUUGUAAACAUGGGCUAUGUCUGUUUCUCCAAAUCGGUCUGCCUUCUAAUCUGUCAUUACUGGAAAAUACUCCCAUUUUGACCAAAUGUAUUUCUGGGAUUGGAAUUUAAAAUGCCUCUUAAUUUUCAUGCCAACAAAAUUGAUUGUAAUCAAAAUUUAAAGUAAUAAUAAUUUGGCCUUCCCCUUUUAAA